UGCAGAGGCGCACGGUGCCACAGCCAGGACCACUAGGGAGCCUCUGCAAAGCGCAAGAGCAGCCAACACGCCGAGACGAAGACGAAGAAGAGUUUUUUCUCAUAAUUGUGCAGGAGGGAGAGCAGGGCUAUGACACGCGAUUAAGAGCCGUACAGUUUGUGAGUGUUAACGCAGGCGGAUUCUUGUGUUAUUCCCCCCCAAGAUGAAUAAAGACUUGAAGAGCCUGCGACAGCUCGCCGUGCCUCUGCUCGUCCUCGCUCUGUGCGUCGCGGUGCAGCAGGCAGACUCCGCGGCGUGCCAUGGCUGUGUGGGAUCCAAAUGUGACUGCAGUGGACAAAAAGGAGCCAAGGGUGAACGGGGUUUCCCAGGCCUCACCGGACAGCCAGGAGUCCCAGGAUUCCCAGGACCUGAGGGACCCAUUGGACCCAGAGGAGAGAAGGGUAGCGAUGGACCUCAAGGACUGUCUGGUCCAAAAGGAAUAAGAGGGCCGCCUGGGUUGCCGGGAUUUCCCGGAACUCCAGGACUUCCAGGUCUCCCUGGACAGGAUGGACCUCCAGGACCAAGGGGAGUACCGGGCUGCAACGGGACAAAGGGUGAAAGAGGUUACCCAGGAAGUGGAGGCAUCCCUGGAGCACAGGGACUACCGGGUCCACCUGGUCUGCCUGGACCAAAGGGAGACCCCGGUGACGUGGUCUCCACAAACCGUUUUGGAGAGAAAGGAGCUGUUGGACUGCCCGGGUUACCAGGAAAUCCUGGCACCCCUGGACCCCCUGGUUUACAAGGUCCACUCGGCCCACCGGGACCCAGAGGCUACGAGGGUCGUCCAGGUCCUCCAGGUCCUCCUGGACCAAAGGGAAAUAUGGGGUUGAACUUCCAGGGACCCAAAGGAGAAAAGGGUGAACCCGGCUUGCCAGGACCUCCCGGACCUCCCGGACAGGUGGGAGAGCAGAAGAGACCACCAGAGACAGAGAUCCAGAGAGGAGACAAGGGUGAUCCAGGUCCUCAAGGUCCUCCAGGAGAUCCAGGCUAUCCAGGACCCCCUGGUCCUUCUGGUGGACAGAAAGGAGAAAAGGGAGAACCUGGAGAGGCCGGCAAACGAGGCAAAAACGGCAAAGAUGGCGACCCUGGUACUCCAGGUUUCCCAGGAAUCAAAGGAGAGCCAGGACUUCCAGGUCCUCCAGGCAGGGACGGAGAGAGAGGCCUAAAAGGUGACCGUGGAUACCCAGGUCCUCCAGGAGCGGUGAUUGGUGGGCAGACCGGUGGAAUUGGUCCUAAAGGUGAGCCGGGAUUCCCAGGAUCACCUGGACUCAAAGGAGAAAGAGGACCACAAGGUCUAACAGGACCACCAGGAGCUCCUGGGCUUCCAGCUAUCGGUGGAGGUGGUCAGCCUGGAUCUCCAGGUUUCCCUGGAGAGAGAGGUCAAAAGGGAGACCAAGGCCCUCCAGGUCUGUCGUUGCCCGGACCCCCAGGUCGUUCAGGAGCCCCAGGUCCUCAGGGUCAACCAGGACCCCCUGGACCUCCUGGCUUUUCAACGGCAGGACAAAACUGUGUCGCAGGAGAUCCUGGACGCCCUGGUCUGCAGGGAGAGAGAGGUUAUCCAGGAGAGACAGGACAGAAAGGUGAGAAGGGCGACACCUGUGUGAACUGCUUUGGUGGUACCAGUACCAUCCCAGGACCCCCAGGACCUCCAGGACCACCUGGAUUCCCCGGUGGGCCCGGCGGCCCUGGUUCUAAAGGAGACCGAGGAUUCCCUGGUACACCUGGAGCUGUUGGACCUCCUGGUCCUUCUGGUCCCACAGGAGCUCCAGGAUUCCCCGGAGAGAAAGGAGACCCUGGGGAGGCAAUCACAGUGAGCGGUGUGAGGGGAGAGAAAGGUGAUACCGGCUUCCCUGGAUCACCUGGUCUACCUGGUCUUGAUGGUCGUCCUGGUCGGGAUGGAGGUCCUGGAGCUCCAGGACCCAAAGGAGCUCCUGGUUCCCUGCUGGUGAAAGGAGAACGUGGAUCCCCUGGUGAGCCAGGUUCCCCAGGUAUUCCCGGAGAUAGGGGCCCCCCAGGAGGCCCUGGGUUUGGACCUCAGGGCCCCUCAGGAGAGAAGGGUAUCCCAGGAGUACCAGGAAGACCCGGAGGUCCAGGUGCACCAGGAGCUAAAGGUGAACCAGGCCUAUCAAUCGCUGAAAAGGGCUUACCAGGACCCAGAGGACUGGAUGGCGAGCCAGGAUUGCCUGGUCCUUCAGGUGCCCCUGGUCAGCCUGGUCGGGAUGGUUUCCCUGGUUUACCAGGGGCAAAGGGUGAACCAGGACUCCCAGGGAUUGGACUUCCAGGACCAGCAGGAGUUAAAGGAUUCCCAGGUAUUCCUGGCCAGCCAGGAGCUCCUGGAGAACCAGGCAGACCAGGCGUUGAUGGACUCCCCGGCCAACCUGGAUUUCCUGGACCCAAGGGAGAACCUGGCUUUGGGCUCCCUGGCCCACCAGGUUUACCUGGAGUACCCGGAGGCAAAGGUUUUCCAGGACCAAAGGGAGAUCCAGGUUUCCCUGGUGGUCCUGGUUCACCUGGACGAAAUGGAUUUGAUGGUGCUCCAGGAGCUAAAGGUGAGCCUGGUUCACCAGGUAUUCCUGGAGCUCGUGGCCCACCUGGAUCUCCCACCAUUGGCUCACUGGGUCCACCUGGUCCACCUGGCCCACCUGGCCCAAUGGGACCACCAGGAUUCUCUGGAGGAAAUGGAGGGAAGGGAGACCCUGGCCCUCCAGGUCUAGACAUCCCAGGUCUGCCAGGAGACAGAGGAAGUCCUGGUUUCCCAGGUUCCCCAGGACCAGUUGGUGCCCCAGGACCUCCAGGAGGACCUGGAAGGGAUGGCGUGCCUGGACUGCCUGGUCAGAAAGGAGACAUGGGUCCCAUGGGAUCUCCAGGACCUUCAGGAGGACCUGGAGGCCCAGGAGGGCCUGGCGGACCUGGACAAAAAGGUGAAUCUGGAUUCCCGGGUAGAGAUGGCACCCCUGGUGGUCCUGGUGCUAAGGGAGAGAGAGGUGAACCAGGUCUCCAGGGGCCCCCAGGAGCCACCCUACCACCAUCAGUCACAAAGGGAGCCAAAGGAGAUCCUGGACUACCAGGUUCACCAGGUAUUCCGGGUCAGAAAGGUAUCCCAGGUCUCCCAGGUGACCCUGGACUGUCAGGAUCAGAUGGACGCCCUGGACUCCCUGGACCACCAGGCCCUAAGGGAGACCCUGGUAUCCCAGGAGGCCCAGGUGGUCCUGGAAGCCCUGGACUUAAAGGCGGAAUGGGAGAAAUGGGAUUCCCAGGACCAGCAGGGCAGAAGGGUCUACCAGGUCAGCCAGGUAGGCCUGGAUCCCCAGGACAGCCUGGAGGUCCAGGAUUCCCUGGUUCAAAGGGUGAACCAGGUUCCGCUGGUGUAGGACCACCUGGACCAUCUGGACUGAAGGGUGAACCAGGACAGCCAGGGUUCCCAGGAAGUCCAGGGCUGAAAGGAACUCCAGGAGCGCCCGGUGUCCCAGGUUUACCAGGAGGGCUAGGCCCUAAGGGAGACCCUGGCCUUCCAGGAUUCCAAGGUGCACCUGGUAUCCCCGGUCCAAAGGGUCUUGAUGGUGGACCCGGUGCCCCAGGUCUCCCAGGAGCUCCCGGUAGACCAGGAGAGCCUGGUCGACCAGGAGGACCAGGUUUUCCUGGAGAAAAGGGUCAAGCAGGUCGGGACGGAAUCCCAGGACCAGCUGGAGUGAAAGGAGAACCCGGUCUUCCUGGUUAUGGAGGUCCUGGUCCUACUGGUCUUCCAGGGUUGCCAGGUGCAAAGGGUGACCCAGGUCUCCCCGGCCCAUCUGGCAGUCCUGGUUUCCCUGGCACCAAAGGAGAGGCUGGUUUCCCCGGUGCUCCAGGCCCUCCUGGCAACAGUGGGCCACCUGGACCUCCUGGAGCUGCUUUGCAGGGUCCUAAAGGAAUUCAAGGACCACCUGGACCACCUGGAAGAGCAGGUCCUAAAGGUCCUCCAGGUGCACCUGGCCCAGAGGGUCCACGUGGGCCCCCAGGAUCAGGCGGCAUCAGAGGAGAGAAGGGCAUCCCCGGUGCUCCAGGCCAGCCAGGCUUCCCUGGACAGAAAGGAGAUCCUGGUGUUCCUGGCUUCCCGGGCCCCUCUGGUCUCCCUGGUGCUCCUGGUAUAAAGGGAGACAUUGGCCUUCCUGGAGUUCCUGGAUUCCCUGGACCUAAAGGUGACCCUGGACUCCCUGGUGGUAGUGGGCUUCCUGGAGAUCCUGGAGAUAUUGGACCCAGUGGCCCUCCUGGUGACCCUGGUGUACCUCCAGCUCCCAUCGUUGUGAAAGGAGAGAGGGGACCCCCUGGUCCUCAGGGUCUGAAUGGUGCUCGAGGGCCCCCUGGUUCUCCUGGACGUGAGGGACUUCCAGGCCCUGCUGGUGAACCUGGAGAUCCUGGUCUUGAGGGUCCUCCUGGCUUCAGUGGUCCACCUGGCAGGAAGGGAGACAACGGACCAGCUGGUCAGCCUGGCCAGCGUGGUUACCCUGGUCCUCCUGGUUCAGACGGUCCUCAGGGUCCUCCUGGUCUUCCAGGAUCAGUUUCUGCUGCUCACGGCUUCCUCAUCACACGACACAGCCAAGGUCAGGAUGUUCCUUUCUGUCCUGAGGGGACAACUCUCAUCUACGAUGGAUACUCCCUGCUCUACGUUCAGGGCAACGAGAGAGCACACGGGCAGGACCUCGGCACGGCCGGCAGCUGUCUGCGCAGGUUCAGCACCAUGCCCUUCAUGUUCUGCAACAUCAACAACGUCUGUAACUUCGCCUCUCGUAACGACUACUCCUACUGGCUGUCCACACCUGAGCCCAUGCCCAUGUCCAUGGCGCCCAUCACCGGCGAGAGCAUCAAGCCUUACAUCAGCAGGUGUUCAGUUUGUGAAGCUCCUGCUAUGGUGAUCGCAGUCCACAGUCAGACCAUCCAGAUUCCUUCCUGCCCGUCGAACUGGGAAGCCCUGUGGAUCGGAUACUCCUUCAUGAUGCACACCAGCGCAGGUGCAGAGGGCUCCGGUCAGGCUUUGGCCUCCCCCGGCUCCUGUCUUGAGGAGUUCCGCAGCGCUCCCUUCAUAGAGUGCCAUGGCAGAGGGACCUGCAACUACUACGGCAACUCCUACAGCUUCUGGCUGGCCACUGUAGAGCCCUCCGAAAUGUUCAGGAAGCCGCAGUCAGAGACUCUGAAGGCAGGGAACCUACGAACACGCGUCAGUCGCUGCGUAGUCUGCAUGAAGAGGACGUAACGGCAGCCAGCAGAAACCCACCGGUGCCGGGUACGCCUGAUCAAUAACAAGAGAUGAUUGGA